CAUUAUCUGCUAGGGGUGGCGCCGGCUCGACAGUAACAUCGUCGCCGCUACUCUAAAGUACUUGGCAGACCUGCUUCACUAACAGCACUACUUAAUAAGUGUGGUGUCCAGCCUUACACAGAUCAAAGUUUGGGGGCCCUUUCUCUUCGUGGCUUGCACAAUAGGAUUAUCUUCCUGACUAGCGCUGUCAACUCCUUGUUAACAUGUCUCCUUCAAGUACCAAGGUUGCCGCUGGUGGCUCCUUUCACACCUUCCAGGGCAUCAUUCCCAAAAAGCAGCCCGCUGCUUCCAGCAAUGCAAGACCCAGGGUCGCCGGCACACGGCGCAUAACGACUCCCCACGCCUGUACCGAGUGCAAACGAAGAAAGAUCCGCUGCGAUGGCAAGCUGCCAUGCGGCCAAUGCAUCACCAGCCGAGCUCCAAAGAGCUGCUCUUAUGAUAAACAUCGCCAACGAAUGAUUCCAUCCAGAAAGGCUCUGGAUAGCUUGGCACAAUCUCUCGAGGAGUGUCGGUCAGUGCUUCGGCGCCUUUACCCAAACCAUGACGUUUCUGCACUGCGGACCAUGGACAAACAGGAACUUAUCAACCUCCUGGCUCAAUCACAAUGUUCACUUGGAGAUCCUCUUCCAUCGCCACCUCUCGAGUCAUCAUUUCCCAAGCCAGACACAUCUCUGGUACCAUCAGACUCCCUCCUGGAACUUCAGUCUUCUCUCGAGGCUGACCUCGACUCACUCAUCGGAGAGCUUGAAUUUGAGAUACCCACCGAACAACUUGAAACCAAUGAUGGAUCCGGCUAUCUCACACAACAAACUUGGUGGGACUAUAGCUCACGGCAAUGGAGCUCAGUGCCCGUGCCAUCUAUGAUGGAGGGUCAGCCAUAUGGCCAUGACUUGGUCACUCCGAUGCAACACUCGAUGUAUGAGGAUGAGCGCGGAAUCUACGGCUCACUUGAAAUGAGAUGACGAAAAUGUAACCGUUCUCGAUGUAUUUUUACAUGCGAUUCCCGACUCUGAGUGGGUAUAGGGGCAUCAUGCACCCCCGGGGACGCAGGUCGUCUCCUUUGGCCGGAUCACAGCUUACGACAAUGAAACGAGGUCACGACCCUUUACUUGCUUUACGUUGCUUCACUUUACUUGAGGUAUCUACAGUAUGACUACCUAGGUACUUUACUUUGCCUACCUUAGGUAGUAUCUAU